UCCGGCUGCAGUGACUGCUUCCUGUGUGCGCACCGCCCCUCUCCAGCUGCACCGCCACGUCAGGCCUGUGCAGUCCGCUCCUGUCACUGCGGUACUCCUCUUCCCCUGGAGGUUGCUGGCGGUGGCUGCAGGAUGGAGAGCCUGUACCGAGUACCAUUCAGUGUGCUGGAAUGUCCCAACCUGAAGCUGAAGAAGCCCUCCUGGCUGCACAUGCCCUCUGCCAUGACUGUCUAUGCCAUGGUGGUGGUCUCCUACUUCCUCAUCACUGGAGGAAUAAUUUACGAUGUAAUUGUGGAACCUCCCAGCGUUGGCUCAAUGACAGAUGAGCAUGGUCACCAGCGACCAGUGGCCUUUCUGGCUUACAGGGUAAAUGGACAGUAUAUCAUGGAGGGCCUUGCUUCAAGCUUCCUUUUCACAAUGGGAGGUUUAGGCUUUAUAAUCCUCGAUAGGUCCAAUGCACCAAAUAUUCCCAAGUUGAACAGGUUCCUUCUGCUUUUUAUUGGGUUUGUGUGUGUCCUGCUGAGCUUCUUCAUGGCCAGAGUCUUCAUGAGGAUGAAAUUGCCGGGUUACCUCAUGGGCUAAAUUCCCUAUUGCCAGCACUUCUGACUUGCAGUCUUUGAGCAGUAACAAUGGAAGGAGCAUCCACACUGUAAAACUACGUAGAAAUUAUAAACGUGUGAAGACUGGCGGAGAAGGAAUCCCCUCAAGGACAUUGUUCAUCAAUAGAGAGGAGCGAAUCGACGUUGGAUGAAGCAUCCGAAGUCUAUUCGCAUAAAACUUUGUUCUAAUACUGUACGGAGCAGGAGCUCCGUACAGUAUUGGCUCUGAGCCGAAGUUAUUACUUUGCGAAGUCUCGAGACUUUGCAUAAUAA